AUGCUAUUGGUAAAUGGAUAAUAUUUGAAAAACAAAAAGUAUUAUUAUUCUUAAAAAGUUGAACUGAAAAUAAUAUAUGUGAAAAUAUUGAUAAUUAUAUUGAUUGUAGUAAUAAAGAGAGAAGAUAAGAAUAAUUUUGUACAUGAAAGCAUGGACGUCGUUAUACUAUUUAGAAAUUUUCUAAAAUAACAGACUUUAAAUAAUGCUGAAAUACUCAUAUUAGAGAGAUGUAUACAAAUUGAUAAUUAAUUAAAGAUGUUAAUAAGUGAUUAAUAAUGUAGCCUCUAGUCAAGAGAAAGAAUAUAUAUAUAUACCAGAUAUUUUUGAUUAUAAUAAUUGCAGAGAAGAAGAUUGUUUAUUUACAAUAUAUACUUCUUGUCCUGAAUUUAUUAAUGGAAAAAGAGGUUUCUUAAAUUCAAAAUAAUGUACAUAAUGUUCUUAUUAAAUAAAUCCAAAGGAUUGUAUAGCCACAAAAUAAUGUACUUGA